GCAAGUUCAAGCACGAGCACCUCCCUCGAUGAGGAAUCCUCGUUGCAGCAAGAAGGGCGUUUCCAAAUGGGCGGCCACGUCGAAAAAAGAGGAUCGGAAGCUCAUUGGCUUCGCGCAAGCUCAAGGAGAAGGAUGCGGGAGGUCAUCACUCCCCAGGGCGGAAGGGCGACUCCGACGCAGAAAGAGUGGUGAGGUCGGCCGGACAAGAGACUUCUCAGAGGAUGAAGAAGACCUCAUCGUCAAACUCCAUGCCCUGCUCGGCAAUAGGUGGUCUCUGAUAGCCGGUAGGCUGCCUGGACGAACAGAUAACGAGAUCAAGAGCUACUGGAACUCACAUAUCAAGGGAAAGCUCGAGAGCAUGGGAAUCGACCCAAACAACCACACGGUGAAUCAAAACGCAAUGAGAACCUGUUACAUGAAGAACGAGAACGAGAGAGAAGUUGAGGAUGAUGUUGUGUCGGACGCAUCGAGUUAUGUGGAGGAGGUGCCCGAAUUGAAUCUCGAUCUCACUGUGGCAUUGCCUUGUGAAGGUUUAGAGAAGCGUGAGCAUGAGGAGAUGAACUCAACUACGCUUGUUUUGUUUAGAUGAAUUUGAAGUUCGUAUAUCUAUGAGUCAUGCAGCAUGUUUGACAAAUAAUUAAUCACAUCAGUGGAUUAAAGAUAACCAAGGUAAUUAAGAGCAUAUGACUCUUUGUUUUUGGGUCGUUUGUAAGUCUAAUUUCUUCAGCUAAGAACGUGAU